AUGAGCACAACAACUGAGGACUGGUUGAUAUCAAAUAAUUUCGACGUCCCACAAAUUCUACCAGCACCAACUACGAUUCCAACAUUAGACCACCGACCUGAGGAAACUGCUAAUAACGGGAUCGACAGACCAAAAUCUCUCAGAUCUUCCAGAAAAUAUUUCGUAACGACUCCUCUACUUCCAACAACACCGAUCCCGCCCACGCAGGAGCCGCCGAAAAAACGUUAUGAAGAUGUUACUUUGGAGGACUCCAUCGCCAAAAUAAUUUCUAAUUUUGUCCAACAGAACAGCCCACAGAACCAAAGUUUUUACGGAGUGCAGUUGGAUCUGAGUCUGACUAGAGACGGGUAUAAGGAGUACUAUAGCGUUACCUUGAACUCCAGCCAUCACAAAACCUUCCUUAAGGAUGAAAGUUCUGGAGACGUGCCAGCUUUGACAAGAGUGGGAAUGACAACGUUUCCUCCUCCUAUUAUCACUAUCACAACGACCACGGAACCUAUAACUACGACGACAACUACCACGACAACAGCCCCUGAAGCUCCUAUCGCCACUACCGAAUUAGUGAAGCAAGAACCACCUUCUCCAGAGGCUCUGGCACAGAAAAGAGUGACCACAAUAGUUGUGUGUGUGCUGUUCAUCGUCGUCUUGAUCGUCUUGGUGGUGACCAUUAGGAUAAUGGUCAUCAAAGUCAGGAGAAUAAGGCAAAGAAACAUGAAGAAGAAUAGCACCAGUAACCAAGAAGAAUCCGACAUAACGCAACCAAAAAUAAGCACUCACGUGAUCAUACUGACGUAG